AUGGAAUCCGAACAGUCUUCAGAAUCAAAAGACAAAAGCCGAAUUUUAGCUGCAAAAUCUGAUAGUGAACAAUACUCUCCUGGGAUCAGUUCCAAAGAUUCCGAACCCAAUUCUGAAACGAAUAUCGAUUCUUCACCAACCUCCAGCAAGUUGCUUUGACGAAUCUUUUGAAAAGAGAGCAAAUACGAGCUAUUCGUUAUUUAUACCAUAAAUAUUUUAGUCAGUCUAAAUUAUUACAUUCUUAUCACACUGAUUCCAAUUUAUUUCACCAAAGAAAAUGCCACAGAUUCUGAAGUAGGUAUCAUAUUUGGUGCCGUUGGUAUAUUAAUAGGCAUUUUCGCGAUUAUUUUAGGACCUUUUAUUAAUUCUAUAGGCUGCAAAAGAGCCUUAAUUAUUUCCACUGCGUUUUCUUUAAUUGGAUUUACACUUUUAUGAUUUACAAGAAAUAUCGUGAUAAAUCUGUUAGGUGUUGGCUUAUUUUUGACGAUAGGGCUUUCUAUGUCAUGGCCUGUAGUAGAACUUGGGUCCAAAAUUUACACAAAACCAAUUGUUUGGAAUUUAAGCAAUUCAAUAAUUAUGAUCGGGAAUUUUUUUUCUGGUAUCAUAGCAGGGACUUCUAUUGAUUAUAUUUGGUCUAAUUAUAAUGAGGAUAUUGCUUAUCAAUUAAUUUAUGGCACUGCAGUGAUGUCAAGCUUUUUUGCUUUAAUAGCUUCAAUUCUUAUAAGAACGAGCGCUAAAUCUGCAGAAUAUAACGAAUCUGAAGAAAUUUUGAUAACAAAAAAUAUGUUAAAAACACGGAAAUUUUGAAGAUUUGUUGUGCUUAUACUUUUGCUGAUUUUUAUGAGAAGUGGGUGUUUUGGGCAUUUGGAUGCGACUUUCCCAAAAUAUUUGCUUAAGCCCUUCUAAAAUUAUAAGAGCACUAUAUUGCUGUUGAAUUAGGAUAAAUAGAUAUAAUUAUAUUAAUGAAUUUAUUAUUAUUUAUUUUGAAUAUUAUGAAAAAACAAAUUUUUUUAAAUUUUAUUAAUUGACUUCUUAUUAAAUUGGGCGAAUUAGAAGGGUAGGCCAAAAGGUACACUUUGGGGCGUAUCUAGCUUUACACUCAACUACGAUGCUUAUAGGCACAAUAAUUUUUACACCAAUCAGCUAUAUUUGUUCUAGCUACCUGCUUAUUGCUUUUGGAGGCCUUCUAGGGUCAUUUGCUCCCUUUUUUCUAGUCAUAGGGUCAAAUACUUGAAAUUGCGUUUUGUUUGUGAUUAUUAUAUCUUUAGGUGAGAGUUUAUGGUCUCCAAGACUUCUCGAUUACACUCUCAAAAUAGCUUCGCCUGGUGAAGAAGGGACAUAUUUAGCCUUAUGCAAUUGCCCUUUUUAUUUCUGUAUGAUUUUAACAGGAUCUCUAUCAGGAACUUUACUAGAGACUUUUUGCCCUGAAAACAACACAUCUCAAUGCAACGACAUCUGAUUCGUUAUAGGGGCAUUUGGGAUUUUUAUUCCAAUUAUCUUAUUAAUUUUUCGAUUUUCAUUAGAGCAGCCUGAAUCGAUGCCAAGUCAAUGUACAUUAGAAAAUGACAAUGUCAAUAUUCUGCAAAUUCAAAGAUCAGAAGAGUCUAAGACUGUUUCUCCAGAAAAAAUUGAAAAUAGUAUGCUUUUUUAUAGAAUAUAGCAGUUUAUUACUGAAACCAGUUCUAUUUUUCAAUAAAAUAUUAAUUGAUAAAUAUGAAUUUUUAUAUUUUUAUAAUUUAAGUUUUAUAAAUAG